AUGGAUGUUGAGGGCUUAUUUAUUGCACUCAUUGAUGCUGAAAGUUCAGCAGUGUUUAAAAGUGCAGAUCCUGUCGAAGGUGUUGUUGAGGAGCAGCAGGAGCUGCCCCCCCCCCCCCUGGCCCGGCCAGGGGCUGUGGCAGUAGGUACUCCGUUUGCACUUCAGUUUCUCAUUUCAAACUACAUUGCUGACAGAGACUCAACAUCAAUUCACAAAUAUAUAGAUACAAUAUCUCUAUCUGGUCCUGAUGAAAUGCUGGCAGAUCACUGGUCUCCAAGAGAUAUCUAUGCAGAGCAGAGAACCGUGAGGCUUCAGAGAGAACUGGGGAUGCAGCUUCACCGCGACAAUGGGCAGAGCUCUACACGAAUAUUCGUGGCUCCGUAA